ACCCUUCAUGUCGGGGAACAUUCUCCAGCAGUCGCAAAACUAUAUUUCCACUAGGGCCUAUGUCAGGCAUUCCUUCAACCAGGGCUAUAAUUACCGUGUACAUUUCAAGGUUGUGAACAAGGCCAUUGGAAUCAGACAAGAUGAAUUCCUUGUAUCCCCAUUUGUGAGGCUUUUUUGGAUUGUACUGUUUUAGAGCAGAUUUUCCCUUAUAGGGAAUUAUCUGUUCAUCUACGCACAACAUUUGACGUAAAGGCAAGUUUUUGAACUUUUUCUGCAUUUCAUCAACUAGAGGGCGAACUUUGAAUAACCUAUCACGAUUCGGGUCAUUUCGAGAUGGCAGUUUCGUGUUGUCAUUGAAGUGAACACAGGAUUUUAUAAACUCCCAACGAUCACGUGGCAUAACAUUGGCAACUGUCUCAACUCUUGCGUUGUUUGCCCAAUACAUCCGAGACCGAGGUAACCCAAAAACAGACAUGAAUAUGCAUGAACCCAUGAACUCCUCAAUUUCAUUUGUGUCCACAUUCAAAAAUCUGUUUGGGUUCUUUUGGACUGAAAACAGAUUAGAUUGCUCCACAAUAUUGUCCAGAACAUCCUCAUCAAAAAACAUCCUGAAAUAGUAAACAGGGGAUUCCACCUCACUGUAUACCUCAUGUAACUUACAUGUUGGAUAUUGUUUUUCACUGUUUUCUUGAGAAACUUUUUCCCAGUGCAGUGAUGACUGAGCUAUCUUUGCAGUUGUUGCACACGCUGGAGUUGAUUCAUCACUGCUAACGUCAGAACUAUCAGAAUUAUCAGACAAUACAUUACCAGAUGUACUCCUAACGGCUUGCCUUUGCUGUCCGGAUGUACUAGGUAAAUAGUCUGGGUCGGCAUCACUGUCAUCUAAAUCACUAUCAUCACUAUCCUCAGGGACAGAAAAAUCAGUUCUCUCGAAAAUCGGCACAUAAUUUUAUAUUUAUUUUAUGCUUUAAUCCAGCAUAAUUUUUAAAAUAUGGUACAGACAAUCGAUUAUUCAAUAAUUGUACUAUAUUUUGUUUUGUUAUGCUUGUUUAUGUGCGCAGUUAAACCUGGAAAGCUAUUAUGGGAACGGUUUACAAAAUACUUUAUCUAUUGAAGGUACUGGGACAACACAAAGCAUAAAUUCCCGGGUAAGAAUACAAACCCAGUGUUACUACGAACACAUUUUGUAAUGAUACAGUUGUUUUUGUUUAAAUGUACAAGUGUACAAAUAUCUGCUAUUUUACAUGAAUAUGUCUGUUUCAUUUACAAAACAUAAACACAAACACAUUGUAUAAACUUUUCCCUGGGCUUGACGACUACAUCGUAUGGCCUAUACAAUAUACAGCUUUGUGAAUUGGCGUAAAGUAUGAGACCCAUCAUGAAUUCUUAAAUAAAACAUCAAAAAAAAAAUAAAAUUAUGUGUAAAUUUUUGUACGAAAUAUUCAGUAUUAUCUAGAAAAAAAUGUAUUUCAUGUAUGCAAAAAUAACCAUACUCAUGUGUUGAACAAGGUUGCAAUAUAUUUUUUGUGGUAUUACAAACUAUUUAAUAUUUUGCAAUAGUCCAGAAAAGUUUUUUUCCCUAUGUACUUUAUUUACUUUAGUUCACACAUUAGUGUGGCCCAAAAUGAGAAACAACACAAAAUGUGCACACCGACAAUGUUUUCCCACUACGUUAACAAGGUCAUUAAGACCUGAGUGAGUGGUGUUGAUGAAGCGUGGCUUGUGUUGCAGAUGGUGUACGUGCUGGUUGGUUUGGUCAGCCUCCCUCUGCUGGUCACCGUGCUGUGGCUGCUGCGCCAGUUGUGGCGCAUGCUGGCCUCCUGCGCCGGCCGCGGCUGUCCCGCCACAGCGCGCUGCGCCAGUCGGCCCGACCACGGCCUGGAGGAGGUCGUGAUCAUACCCGCCGACCACCAGUUGCACGGCUCAGUUCCUCAGGGCGUGCCGUCUUCUAGCAGUGCCCUGCUGCGUGAUGGGCCACUAGCAUCUUCCCAACAACAACACCAGUUUUCACCUGUUUCUCUGAUGGAAGAGAUGUUGCUUGCGUCGACUCGUGAACAGAUGCAGAGUGCAUCAACACCUGGUGACGCACAACUGGUGACCUGCCACCACCAAAUGGUCUUGUAUUCAACGGCUCCUCAAGUGGAAUGCGUUAAGGGGUUAUUCGCUGACUACCAGUCUCCUAGCCGUCACACAGAAGAGACCGAAGUAGAGGCCACAUGCGACCAGGAUCAAGCGGUGCUUUCACCUCCGAUGCAGGAUUUGGAAGCGUUUUCUAUCCCAGAUGCCUUCGCACCUGCCGAUGCCGACAGUGAUAACACACAGUAUACAGAGGAGUUAGGGGUUACUGCAAAGGACGUGGUGCGUUUUGGCUUCGAUUACGCCCUAUUGGCUCCACGACAUCACUCAACGCCGAAACUUCCAGCUUACCUAUCUGAGAGAAGUGCUGGAGGUGUUUAAAUCUUACCCUCCCGAACACCGACAAGAAUCGCCAUUUUCUCAAAGGGAAGAGGCCUUUGAUAUUUAUUCUCCUGAACAACUGGUAGUCGACACAUCGUUUCCGAGGAAAGAGGUAUGUGAGACUUAUCUCCCCAAGCAGCUG